AUGGCUGUCAUCUUACAUCCAAGUCCCAAGUCACGCAAAGGUAUCGUCAACCGCCCUGCCCCCUCUCAACACGCUCGAACAUGCGUCGUGGUCUCUCGAUAUCCACCUCCUUGUUACCGUUACCAACACAGCACGCGAGGAACCACGGACUAUACACGAAGUCUUGGCCCACUGGGUACCAUCCACGGUUCCGACCUCAGCCACCAAGCCACAUCCAUAGUUACGGGACGUAAGCUCCAGCCACAGCCACUCAUUGCUUCGGCUUCGAAAAUGACGCUGGACUCGGGAUUCACGCAGGCUGUCAUUUGCCAGCUGCGCAGCCACCGGGAAGGAUGUGUGCGCAUUUUAGUGGAUCGCUUAGGCGACAGACGCGAAGAAAACCUGCUGCCGUCGACGACCAGCUCAGGCAUCCUGCAACGCGUGUCGGUAAGGAUGACCACGUUGGGAAUGGUUGCCCAGAGGAGAGGUAUGCUAUGUAUGCUAGCAAGUGUCGGCCGCUAGAUACGCAACGGACUGCGGCAUCAAGGUAGGUAACUACCGGUAACGAGGUAGCUACUCGACCCUCUUUUCGACUAGCAAAUGCAUCAUGCAGCCUCGCUUGACCCGAGUAUCCGGACAGAUGAAGGUUUUCCUGCCGUGUCUCUCAGCG